AUGCCGUCUCCGCCGAAGAAUAUCCCCUCGCGGGCCAUCGGUGAUGAUGAUAUCGAGGGCGGUUCCCCGCUGGCCAGGACGACCAGUAAUUCUCACUCCCUGGCAGGUUCAUAUAGGAGGCCCAGCUUCUUCACGAUGGGCGGCCCUCGAGGAACUGUCGUCCCGCAUACCCACGAGGCGGAUAACCUGACCAAUGCCGAACGAGUGCGAGCACGAGAAGAAGAGCGAGCUUUGCUGGAGGAUAAUGCCAUACUAUCCGGGUCACCAAAUGCAAAUAGACGUACAUUGAAGUCAUCCACGAACCACGAAGCUGCGGUGUUUACUACCGGUCCGACUGAGGCGACCUCACUCUUGGAGAGCGCGCAACCUGCUGCUAACGGGGCCGAUGGAGCUAUCGAUUCGGCUGCUGAUUCCAUUGACCAGAAGUGGGAGGAUGCCGUAAUGGCGGGAUUGAUCCAGACCUCAUGGGCGAGAGAGUCAAAGGUCCUGGUGGAAUACAGUGCUCCAUUGAUACUUACCUUUAUCCUCCAAUACUCCCUUACUGUCGCCAGUAUCUUCACUGUGGGACACCUGGGAAAAGUUGAGCUAGCUGCAGUCAGCUUGGCUAGUAUGACAGCAAAUAUCAGCGGCUAUGCAGUCUAUCAAGGUCUUGCAACUAGUUUAGACACUCUUUGCGCACAGGCGUAUGGGUCGGGAAAUAAGAAACUCGUCGGCCUCCAGACGCAGAGAAUGGUCUGCUUUCUCUGGGUCAUGAGCAUACCAAUUUCUGUCUUGUGGUUCUUUGCCGACCAUGUUUUGAAAGCCAUUAUUCCUGACAAGGAAGUUGCUAGUCUUGCUGGGCUCUACUUGAAGGUGGCCAUCAUUGGAGCUCCCGGAUAUGCGCUCUUUGAGGCUACGAAGAGAUACGUGCAGGCCCAAGGUUUAUUUUCUGCAUCCCUCUAUGUUCUCCUGAUCGGUGCUCCCAUCAACGCGUUUUUGAACUGGUGUUUCGUUUGGAAAUUCGGAUGGGGUUUCGUCGGUGCUCCUAUCGCGGUCGUUGUCACUGAUAAUCUCCUCCCAGCCCUCUUGUUCAUUUACAUCUAUUACUUUGCCGGUAGAGAAUGCUGGAAUGGAUUCAGCUAUCGAGCCUUUGAAAACUGGGGCCCUAUGGUUCGACUCGCUCUCCCUGGCUUCCUUAUGAUGGAAGCAGAAGUCCUCGCGUUUGAGAUCCUCACCCUCGCUGCUGCAUACUUGGGCACAACUACCCUUGCUGCCCAGUCAGUACUAGCAAAUAUUGCUGGCAUCAUGUUCCAAAUCCCCUUUCCUCUAUCCAUCGCCGGAAGCACCCGAAUCGCCAAUCUUAUCGGCGCCUCGCUCACAGACGCAGCUCGCGUUGCCGCAAAAGUCAACAUGGCCGCAGCCAUUGUUGUGGGUAUCAUUAACGUUAUUCUCCUAUCGACCCUCCGCUUCUAUAUUCCUGCCCUAUUUACUUCCGACGAAGAUGUGAUCGAAAUCAUCGCCGCCGUCCUUCCACUUUGUGCUUCAUUCCAGCUCUUCGAUGCCUUUGCAACCAAUUGCAACGGUAUCCUCCGUGGUCUUGGAAGACAGUCUAUUGGAGGAUAUACCCAGCUUUUCUGCUACUAUGUUGUAGCGCUUCCCAUUAGUAUGGGUACCGCAUUUGGACUCGGCUGGGGUCUCUGGGGCCUAUGGGGUGGUGUUGCCGUAGGCCUCUUCCUUGUUGGGCUGGUGGAAAGUAUAUUCUUGACGCAGACCGACUGGGAGCGCUCGGUUAUUGAAGCCCAGAAGCGAAACGAAGAGGUCUAA